AUGGCGGCGCAUCUCAAGGAAGCACACGCAGAACUCCUGCGUACCUUUCAGUCAAAUUCAUCCGAUACAACAUCUGUCCGAUCUCAACUGACCAAGCUCAAAAUUGCUCUGACAGAAGCUGGCCUGCUGGUGCCUUCCUUUUCAGUCACUACUUCCGCGGGCGGCACCAGCGAUGGGGCGUCAAGAGCACAGCUUCCUGCAGAUGUGGAAUCAUUGGUGAUGGCCAGGGAUGUACUCGAGGUUGGUGCGCUUUUCAGCAUUCGAGUAAAGGACAUCAAUUCUUUCGACCGAUACAUGAACUUGCUCAAGGCCUUCUACAAUGACUUUAGCUCCCAGUUGCCGCCAUCAACCAACCAUGAGCCUUUGCUCGGACUAUCGCUUCUCCGGUUGCUCUCUUCGAACGCUAUCGCAUCGUUCCAUACAGCUCUAGAAGCACUGCCUUCAGAUCUCGUUCAAAAAUCACCUUACUUGCAGCAUCCAGUCAACUUGGAACGCUGGCUGAUGGAAGGCAGUUAUUCAAAGGUGUGGCGUGCACAGAAAGAAGCGCCCCGGGAAGAAUACAAGUUCUUUGUCGAUAGCUUGAUGGGCACUAUUCGGCAUGAAAUCGCCUCAUGUGAAGAGAAGGCUUAUGACAGUCUCCCACUGCGCGAUGCUGCGAUGCUGCUCUUCUUCGACAAUGCGCAGGAUGUCAUGAAUUUUGCGAAUGAACGUGGGUGGAUCAUCAAUCCAACAACGCAAACUGUGCAUUUCCCCAAUGCGGCUCCCGACUAUAGCAAGACCGAGAUCCCAAAGAAGAGCAUCAUUGCACUCAACUUACAGUUUGCAAAGGAAUUGGAAAGUAUAGUGUAA